GUGACCUUCGAGGAGGUGGCUGUGUAUUUCACCAGGGAAGAGUGGGCUCUGUUGGACCCCGCUCAGAGAGCCCUCUACAGAGCCAUCAUGCAGGAGAACUAUGACACUGUGACCUCGCUGGGGUUUCCAGUCUCCCAUUCUGACGCGGUUUCCGAGCUGGAGCGGGGGGAGGAGCCGUGGGUCCUGGAUCUCCAGGAAAGAGAGAUCCUGAGAGGUGACGGGAUGGUGAGUGAGAACACGGAGUCGAUGUCUCAGCAGGAAGAGGCUGAGGGAGUGGAAGCACAUAGGGGAUUAUCGCAAAGAUCUAAAAGGAAUGCGUCCAUGUGUCGUGAGCAGGGAAAAGCCUGUGAGAGUCAGCGCAGGCCAGGGACGCAGCAGGACAACCAGUCAGGGGAGAAAGCUGGUGAAUCUAUUAAUUGUGAGGGAAUGCACAAGGACCUCAAGGAAUCCACAGCCCAGCAGAGAACCCUCAUGGGAGAUAGAAACAACACAUUUACUGAGCGUGGGGAAAACUUCAGUAACCGCUCAGUCCUUAUUACCCAUGAGAGAAUCCUCGUGAAAGAGAGACUCUAUGAAUGCAGUGAGUGCGGGAAAACCUUCACUCGGAGCUCACACCUUAUUAGACAUCAGAGAAACCAUACGGGAGAGAAGCCCUAUGAGUGCUGUGAGUGUGGGAAAAGCUUCAGUCAGAGUUCAGACCUUAUCAGACACCAGCGAAGUCACGUGGGAGAGAGACCAUACGAAUGCUGUGACUGCGGGAAAAACUUUAUUUACCGCUCAGAUCUUAUUAGACACCAGAGAAUCCACUCCGGACUCAGACCCUACGAAUGUGGUGAGUGUGGGAAAAACUUCAGCGACCGCUCAGACCUUCUUACGCACCAGAGAAUCCACACGGGAGAGAGACCCUAUGAGUGCUGUGAGUGCGGGAAAACCUUCACUCGGCGUUCACACCUUGUUAGGCAUCAGAGAAGCCACACAGGGGAGAAACCCUAUGAAUGCUGUGAGUGCGGGAAAAGCUUUGCUGACAGCUCAGCCCUUAUUAAUCAUCAGAGAAUCCACACGGGAGAGAGACCCUAUGAAUGCAGUGAGUGCGAGAAAACCUUCAUUGACAGCUCAGCCUUUAGUAAACAUCAGAGGAUCCACAAAAAAGAGAGACCCUAUGAGUGCUGUGAGUGUGGGAAAAGCUUCAACGUGAGCUCAGCCCUGGUUAGACAUCAGAGGAUCCACACAGGAGAGAGACCCUAUAGAUGCUCCGAGUGUGGGAAAAGCUUCCAUCAGAGGUCACACCUCAUUUAUCAUCAGAGAAUCUGCAAAGGAGAUCAACAACAUACAGAUCUUGCUUCUGCCAACAUAGUAGAGAGAGAGAGCGGGCCUGGAGCAGAGGGCUUGGUGCUGAGGUCUGAACCAGAGGCUGUGAACCAAAGCUGCAGAAUGACGUCCAUGUCUCGCUCCAGCUCAUCCCGUCCUCCCAUGGGACAGGGAAGAAAAAUGGCUGCAGUGGAGUCAGUUCAGGGGCCGGUGACCUUCGAGGAGGUGGCUGUGUAUUUCACCAGGGAAGAGGGGGCUCUGCUGGACCCCACUCAGAGAGCCCUCUACAGAGCCGUCAUGCAGGAGAACUAUGAGAAUGUGACCUCGCUGGGCUUUCCAGUUUCCAAACCUGAUGUGAUCUCCCAGCUGGAACAAGGGGCAGAGCCGUGGGUCCCAGACCUCCAGGGUUCAGGGGAAAGAGAGAUCCUGAGAGGUCCCUGCACAGCAGGUGAUGCGAUGGUGAGUGAGAAUGAGGAGCAGAAUUCUCCGCAGAAAGAUGCUGAGCAAGUGGAACCACACAGAGCAUUAACGCAAACAUCCGAAGGGAAUGUCUCCAGGAGUCAUGAGCAGGGAAUAGCCUGUGAGAUUCAGCAGACACCAGAGAGAGAGCAGGGAAACCAGCCAGGGGAGAAAUUGGAUAAAUUCAUUUGCUCUCGGGGAACUCACAAGGACCUCAAGGAAACCACAGCCCAGCAGAAAAUCCUCAGGGGUCAGAGAAAAAAUACAUCCACUGAGUGUGGGAAAAGCUUUAGGGACCACUCAGUCCUUCUUGCACAUCAGAGAAUACACAGAGGAGACAGACCCUAUGUAUGCUGUGAGUGCGGGAAAACCUUCAUUCGGCGCGCUCACCUUUUUACACAUCAGAGAAUCCACACAGGUGAGAAACGCUAUGCAUGCUGUGAGUGCAGGAAAAGCUUCACUGAUCUCUCAUCCCUUAUCUCUCAUCAGAGAGUCCACACGGGAGAGAAACCCUAUGAAUGCUGGGAGUGCGGGAAAAGCUUCUCUCAGAGCUCAACCCUCAUUACACAUCACAGAAUUCACACAGGACAAAGACCCUACGAAUGCUGUGAGUGCGGAAAAACCUUCACUCAGAGCUCACACCUUACUAUACAUCAGAAAAUCCACACAGGAGAGAAACCCUAUGUAUGUUGUGAGUGUAGGAAAAGCUUCACUCUGAGGUCGCACCUCAUUCGGCAUCAGAGAAUCCACACAGGAGAGAAACCCUUUGAAUGCUGUGAGUGUGGGAAAAACUUCACUCUGAGCUCAGACCUUACUACGCAUCAGAGAAUCCAUACGGGAGAGAGACCUUAUGCAUGCUGUGAGUGCGGGAAAAGCUUCACUCGGAGUUCAGCCCUGACUAGACAUCACAGAAUCCACACGGGAGAGAGACCCUAUGAAUGCUGUGAGUGCGGGAAAAGCUUCACUCGGAGCUCAGCCCUUACUAGACAUCAGAGAAUACACACAGGGGAAAGACCCUAUGAAUGCUGUGAGUGCGGGAAAAGCUUCACUAACAACUCAAGCCUUAUUACGCAUCAGAGAAUCCACACAGGGGAAAGACCCUAUGAAUGCAGGGAGUGUGGAAAAAGCUUCACUGACAGCUCACACCUUACUAAACAUCACAAAGUCCACACUGGGCAGGGACUCUAUGAAUGCGGUGAAUGUGGAAAAAGCUUCACGGAUAGCUCAGCCCUUCUUAAACAUCACAGAAUCCACACGGGAGAGAGACCCUACGUAUGCUGUGAGUGUCGGAAAGCCUUCAGUCAGAGCUUUGAGCUUACUAGACAUCAGAGAAUCCACACGGGGGAGAGACCUUAUGGAUGCUGUGAGUGCGGGAAAAGCUUCAUUCAGCACUCACACCUCAUUAGGCAUCAGAGAAACCACACAGGUGAGAGACCCUAUAAAUGCGGUGAGUGCGGGAAAAGCUUCACUCAGAGCUCAGACCUCAUUAUACAUCAAAGAAUGCACACGGGGGAGAGACCUUACGUAUGCUCUGAGUGCGGGAAAACCUUCAUUCAGCAUUCACACCUCAUUAGACAUCAGAGAAACCACACGGGUGAGAAACCCUAUGAGUGCUGUGAGUGUGAGAAGACCUUCAUUCAGCUGUCAGAACUUACUCGACAUGAAAGAAUCCACACAGGAGAGAAGCCCUAUGAAUGCCGUGAGUGUGGGACAAGGUUCACUCAGAGCUCAUCCCUUAAAUAUCAUCAGAGAAUCUGCAAGGGAGAGAAACUCCAUAAAAACCUCACAGGCUAGCCAGACAUUUUUUUCUUUAAUACUUUUGCUAAUUUCCAUAUAGUAACCUUUAAGUCUGUUUGAACCAUUUGCAGCACCAUUAUCCCUCAGCUUGUCCAGAAGAGUUGCCCAUUUUUGCCUUUUGCAUUUCGCCCUGUUUUGGAGUGGACCCGGUUGUCCUUGCUAUCAACUCCAUUGUCCCAGGAGUAAUGGGAGUGCGUCCCUUCUUCCAGGAAACAAGGAGCAUCACAUUUAUACUGUUCCUCCUAUUGUAAAGUUAUUAUUAGGGUCAUCCAUGAUACAGAUUGUUUCAUUCUCAGUUGUUCUCACGUUGCUCUGGGUUGUGCUGAAGAGCCGUUAUUUUUGGACCUUUUCCCCCCGUUAUAUUUAAAUGUAUUUUAAAUGAAGAGGAGCAGUGGCAGGGAAAAACGUGUCAUUUCAGCCUCGGUGACACUGGAAGGAGAUGGGGUGACUCACAGAGAUUCCUUCCUUCCCCAUCACUGCAGAACUGUUACCUCCUGUCUGAGCCAGGCAGAGUUUAUCUUCAUCACAUUCUGUCCCUCUACUUCUCAGUGUCAUGUGGUGCAGUGUUCUCAGCUGUCUGUGUUUGGAGAUGACGCUUUGACUUCUUUAAUCCUAUAGCAGAGUCACUAUGACUGGAGAUGAAAAUGUCAAAGACCUGGAAGGGGAAUUCAAAUGGAUCCCAAACACAAUGGGAUUAUUUGCAGUUUAAAUCCCAGUUUCCAACUAUUGGCCAAGCCACUUGGGGGAAGGUUGGCUGUAUUUUCCUCCAUUAUGACGAUACUAAAAUGCUAAAACUUUUCUAAAUUACAUAACUCGACAGUGCUGAAUGAAGCAGGUUUGAAUGGAUCAGAGGAGAAUGUGGUGGGAGAAUCUCUUGUCCCAAUUGUGAGUUAUUAGAUGUAACCUGCUCUGGCAUUUCACUCGACACUUUCACUGUCAUGUAUUCUGUCUCUGUGAUGUGGGUUUCUAUCUUUCCUGAAAAGUUGUUUGGUCGCCCAAUUGGAUAUUAGUUUACUUUGAUGAGACAUAGCUCAGAUUUAUUUGAGAUUUUGAGACAAAUGACCAUUUGCUAAAGUCAUUACUUCUCACUUCAGUGUUGCUUUUUCCCCACCCCUCCAUGAUGACGUGGAGAAAGUUCAAGUGGAGUUCAGUCAACAGGAGAGAACUCUCCAAUUUACUGGACACGCUAACAAAGAAGCAGCAGUGAUUUUAAAUCUCCAGUGGGAAAUGGUGAACAACAGCAGAAUCCCAACUAACUGAAGCAAGUGCAGAUGACCACAGUGGAGUUCAAUUGUUUAAGCCAGUGGUUCUCAAACUUCAUUGCACCGUGACCCCCGUCUGACAACAAAAAUUAAUCCAUGACAUGCCCCUCCCCCGAUGGAUGCUGAAGCCCAGGGCGGCAGGACAGUAGCCCAAGCUCUGCUCUGCAGAGUGGAUGAAGCCACACCCGAGUCCUGCCGUGUGUGUGUGUGUUGGGGGAGGAAUGAAGCUGCACCCCAAGUCCUGCCAUAUGAGGGGGCUGAAGAUGCAGAAUAGCUGCAGAAAAAUAUCUAUUUUUGAAUAGAAACUCCACCUCUGGUAACUUACCAAGAUUCUUGUCCAGGCCUUUAGCUAGUUCCUAAGUUAAAGAAACACUGGGCAUGUUUGGGGAAGCCGUUCCGCACUAGCACUGCUGAGUUUUUUGAGUGGUUUGGUAAAGGGUUCUACUUCAGAGAAGUGUAAAUGUACCCUAGCCAAGGCCAAUGAUUCGGGGAAAAAAAAGGGGGCAGAAAUAGUACACACCCAGUUCUUAGUUUUCACCCGGUAAAAGCUGCUAUGGCGACGAAUGGCCCAAGGAAAAUUGUUUGUACAGCUCCACUUCCUAGUUAAGUGUCACAGAUUACAGUCUCAAAGGAUGCCAGGGUUAGAUUGAGAACAAUCAUCUUUCACCGUUUGGAUCUAAAGUUUCAUGAGGCAAAGAGAGAGAGAGUCCUUCCGAGGACAUUCCUUCCCUGUGAAUCCCAAAGUGGCUGCCACUUCCAUGCUGUGGAAAUGAUGGUAAGCAAUGAGGGAAUUAAGGUGUCAGGCUCCAAUUGCAGACUGUGGGAUACACGAAUAUUAGAGCUCUGAUCUAUGGGUUUUUGUCUUAGUGCUCGUCUACACUUAAAAUGCUACAUUGGCACAGCUGCACCAGUGGAACUGCGCCACUAGUGCUUGAAUGAAGAAGCUCUAAGGAGAAGGGAGAGAGGUCUCCAGUCAUCUUAGAUAAUCCACCUCCCCAGGAGGCGGUAGCUUUGUCAGCAGGAUAAGCUCUCCCGCUGAUAUGGCCCUGUGUACAGGGGCGGGAGGGGUAAUACUCUGUAUCUCAAAGCACCCUGGAAUCCCCAUAUUCACCACUGUCAUAUGAUGGACAUGUUUUGUACAAUGCAGGCCUUGUGAAGUAUCAUUUAAGUCUUGGUCUGUUGAACCUUAAUACCUUGUGAAUUGUAGGUACAAUCCUUGUAUGUGAAGUUGUGAAGUACUGCUCUAUGUGUUACUUUAAUACGUUGUGAGGUUGGGAAACGCCCAGAGCCAGCCUUUCUACUGCAACAAGCGAGAAGCUAUCACUGGCCAGACAGGCAUUGAUGGCCCACCAAGAAGAAUCCACUCUCCCAGAGGCUCCUUAGAGAGGGAACAUAUGCCUAACCCAGGGGUUGGCAACCUUUCAGAAGUGGUGGGCCGAGUCUUCACUUAUUCACUUUAACUUAAGGUUUCGCAUGCCAGUAAUACAUUUUAACGUUUUUUAGAAGGACUCUCUCUAUAAGUCUAUAUUAUAUAACUAAACUAUUGUUGUAUGUAAAGUAAACAAGGUUUUCAAAAUG